GGGGGGGGGAGGUGGGGGGGGAGUGAGAUAGAGAGUAGAGAGGGAGCGGCGAGAGAAGAUAGAAGCAACAGGGACUAUGUGGGACGGACUGCACUUAAACAGAAAGGGAACCAGUCCACUCGGAGAAAGAAUCCUUGAGGAGGUCCAGAAGCAUUUAAACUAGAAAGGAAGGAGGGAGAAAACAAAAAAACAGAAGGGAGACCACAUCAAAACAAGGGCAACAACUCAGAUAUCCGACAGCUACAGUCUCCAUCAUGUCUGGGUCUCCCAGUAAAGCCACCAGAAUGACUUCCACAGUCACGAUUAACAUCUCCAUUCCCAGUUUCUACAACCCAACCAAAAAAUUUGCACCAGUGGCCCCUCCCAAAUGUAAAUUUGGAGUGCCAAUGCCUAGCCACAUCUCUCUACCACCCGUGGACCAAUCCCAGGCCAGCCAGCCUCCAGCUGGCACAGUAACCCCUCCUCCCUCAAAUCUUGUGACUUCAUCAAGCUCCACCCUUCCAGGCAGCUCCAGGGCUAUAAUAGGUCGAGUUGGGGAUGUACCACUGCCAGCUCCGCCACCUCCAGUUGCAGAAGAUUUUCCACCGCCCCCCCACCCCCCCGUCAUUGGUUGACUGUGACCUGCCGAGCCCGCCCCCCUGUCUGGACAACACACCCCCUUCAUUUGAGACCACCCCCACCAGCUUCCCAGCUCCGCCCCCACCACCACCCCCCUUCGAGGAGCCCUUCCCAGCACCCCCCUCUGCUGAAGAGACCUUCCCUUCACCUCCUCCUCCCCUACCCAGCAACACUGGGAACCAGUUUCCGACUGACUCAGCCACAAGCUUGUACGCUGCAUCAGCUGCGAUACAGAGACUCGGGUGACAGGCUGCAAGGACCGGCAAACACGACGGAGAGUGACAGAGGACGACGGAGUAAAACUGUCGUAAAUCAGCCGAACAACUUAGAAUCUACCAGAACACAAACUGUCUUAGAUCCCAUUGGGAUUGAUGAUUCUACGGACCAAGCACAGAAGAACACAACAAUAGGAAACUUAAAGGGACAAUUCUCAACAAGCAGGCUGUUUGCUCAGGCAUUCAGGAUUGUUAAGUAUAACCUUUGAUCUGCACUUUUAUACAUGAAACCUAGUUACUAUUAUUAUUAUUAUUAUUAUUUAUUUCUUAGCAGACGCCCUUAUCCAGGGCGACUUACAAUUGCUACAAGAUAUCAAGAUAUCAUACUAACUAAUUAAGUGGGUGGGGGGUGGUGCCUCUGUCAGGCUGAUAAAGUCCUAUUUGAAUGCAGUUGAACAGAGCUGAGAGAGUGUGAGAGAGGCAGUCGAGCCUGACAAUCGAGUUAUUCCAGUCAUGGGAGGAGGCAAGGUAAUGUUGGGAGGUAAUUCAGUACAGUAGGUAAGAAAGGAGGACACACAGAAGGUGUGACAGUUUAGGGAACGCACAGAGAAAAGAAACACAAAUUUACAUUUGUGAGAAGGAAAAGUGAACGAACAGGGUGAUGUCUUUUGAAGGAAAUUAUAUAUUGUUUUAAAAAUGAAGAUGGUUUGGAUCUUAUUGGCUCUGUUUGUCUUCAAAGGAAGCAGUGUGGAUCAAAAGCAAGAACAAGAAGUGAAGUACGUUUCCACAGACGAUAAGUGUAAACCAGGAGACACUCUGUGUGAAUACCGUGGCCGACGGCUGAAGUCUCCACGGCAAGAUGCAGCAGGCCUGUCUGCCUUGCCUUCUAAUGACUCUGAGUCUGGCUGUGCUGAAGCAGGAGAUGGGGGAGCUCAGACUCUGAAUAAUGAGUGCAAGAGGCAGUGUGGUCCAGUGGUUAAAGUCCAGGGCUUGUAACCAGAAGGUUCCCGGUUCAAAUCCCAUCUCUGCCUCCUUGUGUUCCAUCCUGCGGAUGAGAAGUUUAAUCAAUGUACUAUUAGGUGCGUGUUUACGAGGUCGAGGUGAUUGUGAUCCCAGUGCUGCUGGUGGCCAGCUUCAUCUUCACCUUCCUCUUCAUCCUGGUCAUGAGGUUAUGCCCAUUCACAUGCCAGCAUCUCCUGGGGACCAAGAAGAAGAGAGGGGCCUUCCCUGGAGUCGCAGCCCCCAUCUCGCAGCCCCCUCAGGGUAAUGAGUACAUCGCCUUGAGCGCUCCCCCCGCUCAACCUCCAGAGAUCCCCCGAGAGCUCAUCUCACGUGUGCUCGAGCCGCUCCCCUCCCAGCUGCCCCUGCUCUACCCGGGAUUCUCACAGGGGGGUGCCAAUGUCACGCUGCAACGAGGACAGUUCUCUACCCCCACCCAGCCAACAGGGGGCAGAGCGGUGAUCGUGAGAGCCCUGAACGAGUCGGCCAGCCGCGCUGAGGCUCAGGAGUUCCUGGGGCGUGCUCGCUUUGAGGUGGAGCUGGGGAAACACCCCCACCUAGUGGAGACGCUGGGGGUGUGCAGCCAGGGAACUCCCCUUCUCAUCAUCACUGAGGAGCUGCAACACAGGGACCUGCUGGACUUCCUGUGGAGGUGCAGGAGGGAUGUGCUGCGAAUGGAUCAGGGCAUCCCCUGUGAUCUCACAGAGAAGGGCGUGUUGAGAAUCGCACGAGAAGUGGCCAGCGGACUGGAGUAUCUGCAUGGGAAGGGCUAUCUCCAUGGUGACGUGGCGGCUCGCAGCGUGCUGAUUGGAGAAGGGCUGACAGCGAAGCUGGGCAGAUUGGGCACUGCCUACUGGACCCACAGCAGGGGGGCGGUGCCUGCAGGAGAAGGGGCAUGGUUUAGGAAGUGGCACGCCCCCGAGAGACUGGCCAGGAGACCCACAACUCCCAGCAGCGAUGUGUGGUCGUUUGGGAUCAUGCUGUGUGAGAUGAUGACUUUAGGCGAUGCCCCGUUUCCUGAAAUUCCCCCUGAAGAGCUUCUGCAGCAACUGCAGAGGGGCUACACAUUGAAGAGACCCCCCAACUGCAAAACAGCGCUGUAUAACAUCAUGAAAGCUUGUUGCCAGUGGAAAGCAUCAGACCGUCCCUCAUUGGCUGAGCUUUCCCGCAGGCUUCAAUCAGGAGAGAAGCAUGGUGAUGACAGGACAGUGCUUCGAGUGCCAGAGCCAAUCAACAUGAUCCAAUAUCUGAGGGAGGCAGGCUUUCCCCUACCAUCUGAUUACUCCAUCCUAUGAGGCCACAAGUCCCGCCUAAACUCAACCACAAAGACCAACUGGACUGUCAACAAGGCCCACCCUUCUGUUACAGCAGAGUGCACAAAAGGCUAAACUCUGGAACAAUGUGGUGCCAAGAGAUAAUGGAAGUAAAAAAUAACAAACUGGACUGUCAACAAGGUGUUUAUUUCUUUCUGGUAAGGCAGGCUGAAGGCUAAACUAUACUAGAAUCAAGGUUGUAAAAGUUUAAACAGUCACAAAUGGCAUAGUAUUUUACUUAACAAAUAACUGGGAUCAUGUUUCUUUAUGAGGAUCUUGUAUAGAUUUUUACUUUUAUUUUCAGGUUUCACCUUUUCCAGUAACUUUUUACAUUGCAAAAACACCGCAAUUGAUGACUUACUGCAUGAGUAUUUGAAAAAGGAAAAUAAAAAUACGAUCAUACAUACUAAAUCUGAAGUCGUCUUUUUUAAUGAAAAUGUAUAGGAUAAACGUAGAUUUACAGAACCAGGCAGACUGUAGACUAAGACUGCAAGAAGGAAUUGUAUGUAGGGUCAAACUGAACAGGGAAACUGUUUGUCUGCAGCUGUAUUGAAACUAAAUCUCUGGGAGAAUGUAGUAAACUAACAGACACCAAGAAGAUAUUAUAUUGUAGUGGACUGACAAGGACUCAUUCAUUCUACCUUUUCGUUAAUUCUUUUUGUUGUUUGUGGUGUUCUGCAGCCACUGAAGGCAUCAGUUAGUGCUUUUGUAAAGCUUGUAUUAAACAACUGUGCACAGCUGUGUUGCAAUUUUCUUUGG